CACUGUUGACAGUGCAAAGAUCACCAGGGGACGAUGGCGCUGGAGUAGCACGACAGGAGAGCCAGCCAACAAAACUGAAGUUUUGGAACUAAGCAAGAGGUAUUCUUCUGACCAUUUCUGGACGCUGCGCGACCAUGUCGAAGGCCUACCAAGACAUCAACGCAGUGGAUGUGGAGGACGAAAGCGAAACGUAUAUCCGAGCCGUCCCCACGACGUUCCCUUUGAACGGGUCUUGGGCCCACCAGUGCUGUCCCACCCGACGCUUGGCUCUCCUCCUGCUGGGACUCGCCAGCGUGCUUGCCAUCGUGGCCAUCGUAUUCAAUGCCAACGGUGGUGCACGGAUCUCUCAGCUGCAAGGGACAGUGGAGAAACUCCGCAACGUCAACCACACGAUCACCGUGGCGAUGGCUGCCGUCCAAAGCAGAGAGAAAGACACAGUGUUGAAAACAGCAAAGCUCGAAGGGUCCGUGAAAAAGCUGACCGAGGAAGCGGAGGCAGGCAGGAAGCGGCUCCUGUCCCAGGUGGCCAUCUUGAAAGGCAGCCUCAGAACCGUCCGCUGCGGCCUGGAAGAUUUGCCGCGAAAGCGAACAGGUACCCAGGUCUGCUGCCCCCCUGGCUGGGUCUCCUUCCGGACCAGCUGCUACUGGGACUCCAGAGCAGGGAAGUCCUGGGCAGAUGCCAAAGCGGAUUGCGAAGAUAAAGACGCUCACCUGGUGAUCAUCAACUCCUAUGAGGAGCAGCUGUUUGUAGCGCAGCGCACGAGGCCGACGUUCAUGUGGCUGGGACUGACUGACGCCAGCGGGAGCUGGAAGUGGGUCGACGGGACGCCAUACACGGUUCGCCAAGAGGACUGGCGUGACGAACAGCCAGACAACUGGUACGGCCACGGCUUGGGCGGAGGGGAAGACUGCGCCCACUUCCACAACGACGGGCGCUGGAACGAUGACCACUGCUCCCGCCUGUACGGCUGGGUUUGUGAGAUGGAGGGGGACAGUUAAGGAGGACCACAGCAUAAAGGAGAACCCGGCUGGACAACAAGGGUCCAUCUAGUCCAGCAGACCAUGGCCACACAGCCCAGAAAACCCACCUCGGCCGUCUCGGAACAAGUCUUUUGCCUGGAAAACCCUUUGAGGGUUCGCUGUGACUCGAUGGCCCUUUCCACCACGGCCACCAGAUCGCUGGAGUGUCUUAACCCAUGUUUUUUUAAAAAACAAACCACAACAAAACCAGUUUGGGGAGGAACCGGCUCUGCAUGCAGGUGAGGAAAUGCUGAAAUCCCCACUUUCUGGCUUCUGAGGAUCCCUCACCUACUUUAGGUACGAUCUUCCCAGCAAGGCCACGCAAAGCAGGUGUGGGAAACAGGGGAGGGGGCUUUUGUAUGUGGUGGGGCCUCGGUCAGUUUCUGGCUUAUGUUGUUUCGAUCCAGCCACACAGUCCUUGGAAAUGAACGAACACAGCUCUGUAAUCCAUAAAGCGGAAAUUACAUUCUCCAAAUAAA